CACACUACGAAAGAAAAGUGAGAUGCGAGAAACACGUUUAAAAUGAUCCGCCAACUUAUAAAAGUAUUUGGUACUUGAAAGAAAGAAUGGAUGAUAAAGCUGCAGGUGUCAUAAUCUGGUAUUGCUUAUUGGGUGUUUCUGGUGCAGUAGUUUUGAUUAGCAUUACCGUUCCAUCUGUAGAAAUAGGCAGUCCUGUAGACUUUCAGUGCAUUCAAGAAACUAAUAGAUCCAGUAGUAAACAAAAUUAUUUUAAAUGGCAUCUUGGUGGUGUAUUUAAAUGGAUUGAUGAUAUCAGCUCAGAUUUGUCACGAUGGACUAUACAGAAUUUCAAUGAGUCAGAUUUAAAUAAAACAGUAAAAUGUACUUAUGGUUUUGAAGUUGACAUGUUUAAUAGUACAUCAUACAAAGACCUUUUUCUGUAUAUUCCAAAAGAAAGUGAAAUAACAGGAAGUUACACACAAGACCAACAUGACAAAUACCAUGUAUAUUUAAAUAUGUACAUAACACGAGUUUACCCAGAACCAACUUGUACAUUUAAUUCCAAGAACAUGACUAUUACCAAACUCUCAACAAGUGGAUGGUUUCAUGAUGUUACUCUAUUGCUAAAAAUCCCACGGAAGUAUCAUUGGUGUAUCAGUGACUUGAGACCUAUGUGCACUGUGGGAGGAAAACAGAUACCUGAUAUCACAGAAUUAAAAUGUCCAGACACAAUGCAGUCCUUUUGGGGAGUAUGCAUAUUUGUUGUUUUGCUUGUCAUCAUACAGUUAGGAGUUUGCAUAAAAUUUACCUUCUACAAAGAUUAUAAAUCUAAGCAGAAGACACAGUAUAAGCAGGUGUCUCAACAAACUUCACAAGAAGAUCAGACAGUUUCACCACAGGAUCAGCUUCCAACACAACCAGUACAGCAUGAACAGGAAGAAAAGCAAGGGGACCAGCAGAGCAGAACAACAUUUACCCAACGAAGAAGUAUUUUUAUUGCUAUUACUGGGAAUAGUUUCCUCUAUGGUUACAAUAUGGCUGUACUAAACAAUCCUGCAAUGGUAAUGAUUUUAGAAAUGUUAAAGAAUAUCUAG